UCUUGCAAUUGACUGGUUUCACCCCCGGAUUUAUCCAAUACUCACACCAAUUUCACUGCACUUAAUCGAUAAGCGUAUGCCACGUUUUCCGGGAUGGUCGCAGUGGCGCUGGCGACAGCAGUUGAAUAAAACAAAAUACCACAACAUUCGCUGUAUUUUCGCUGGAAAACACCUGUAAUUAGUGUAAUUUUAGGUCUAAAUAUGAGUGAAUUACUUAGGGGGGUCCUAUUUCUGCUAAACACACUGCUGGUGCUGUGCGUCCUCAUCCAGCGGGCGGAGGGCGGAGCGGUGCAGCUGACGAGUGAAAACCUCGACAUGACCCUAGCGUCAAAUGAAUUAGUCUUCAUCAACUUCUACGCCGAGUGGUGUCGCUUCAGCAACAUCCUGCAGCCAAUCUUCGACGAGGCGGCGGACGAGGUGCACAAGGAGUUUCCGGACGCCGGAAAGGUGGUGAUGGGGAAGGUGGACUGUGAUAAAGAGGGCAGCGUGGCGACGCGCUUCCACAUCAGCAAGUACCCCACGCUCAAGGUGAUCCGCAACGGGCAGCCGAUGAAGAGGGAGUACCGCGGCCAGCGCUCCGUGGAAGCCUUCUCGGAGUUCAUCCGGAAGCAGAUGGAGGACCCCAUUAAGGAGUUCCAGAGCCUCAAGGAUCUCGAGCACCUGGACUCAAAGAAGCGCAUCAUCAUCGGCUACUUCGAUCGGCGAGACAUGCCCGAGUACAACAUCUUCAGGCGCGUGGCCACGAAUCUGAAGGAGGAUUGCCAGUUUCACGUGGGCUUCGGUGACUCUGUCUCCCAGAUGCAUCCGCCCGGCCAUCCCAUCGUCGUCUUCCGGCCCGACGUGGCCGUGUCCAAUGAGAACGACGAGACGUACACGGGAAAGAUGGGCAGCUUCGACGAGAUGAACAUCUGGGUGCAGGAGAAGUGCGUGCCGCUCGUGCGCGAGAUCACAUUCGAGAACGCCGAGGAGCUCACGGAGGAGGGCCUGCCCUUCCUCAUCCUCUUCCACGCCACUGACGACACUGACAUCAUCAAGGACUUCAAGACCAUCGUGGAGACGCAACUUCUCUCGGAGAAACAAAAUGUCAACUUCCUGGUGGCCGAUGGAAAACGCUUCGCUCAUCCUCUUCACCAUCUCGGAAAGUCCCAGUCUGAUCUGCCACUGAUUGCCAUCGAUUCCUUCCGGCACAUGUAUCUGUUCGACAACGUCAAGGACAUGUACACGCCCGGCAAGCUGAAGCAGUUCCUCAACGAUCUCUACAGCGGCAAGCUGCACCGUGAAUUCCACUAUGGCCCGGAGAAGGACACCACGCCCGAGGAGAACGACGUGAAGAAGUCCACGCAGCCGCCAGAGUCGACGUUCAAGAAGUUGGCGCCGUCGAAGAAUCGCUACACGCUUCUGCGCGACGAACUAUAAGUCAUUUCCAGUAUCCAAACAUCCCCCCUUCAGAGAGUUUCCUUAGGCAAGAGUUGUUCGCCGGCGGGCGAGGAAGCCACCCCCGAAAGAUGGUAAAUCUCCGUGAAUUUGAGACAGUGUGUGUGUGCGGGUAUUGCAACAAUGGGUCAUAUUUGUAAUUGAAUAAAGAGAGCGCGCGAGAGAGUUAAUUUAAAGUGA